CUUUUUCCUUGCAUUGGUUUGUAUUAAGGAUUGUCUUGAAAGCAUUGACGUUGGCCCUAACUGAUCCGUUGUAAGCUUAUGAACCAUGACACCAUAUAGCACUGACAUCGAGACCAUUGGGACCCAGGCAAAAACGACAAUCACAAAACUCCAGUAAAACUUUUUAGACAAGGGAACAAUGAAUGAUUCACAGGAGGGCCACCUGUCUUCACAUAUGCGCUCUGUAUAGUCCUUCCAUUGGAUCUCGUAGUACGUGAAAACUACCAGCAACGGGCUUGCUAUAAUAACUGCCAUCGUCCAAAUUGACGUGAUGAGUACUAACGCCUUUCUCUUGUGUUUUGUUAUGCGGGGCUUAAGUGGAAGAACAAUAGCGAAGAAUCUGUCGACGGAUAUUACAGAGAGUGUGAACACGCUGGCACACAUCCCGGACACUGAAAAUUGACAACAUGAUAGUAUGCUUGAAUUAAGACCAAAAAAAGUUGGUCCAUUAAUUUUAUUAGAUCUGAUCUGAACACAACACAAUUUAUCGGGAAUCGAGGAAUUAAAAACAAGCAUUGUAAUUAUACUAAAUGGGUGAAAUGGUGACAGUUACAUGAUCAUACUGAUUAUUUACAAUAUUGGGCAACGGUUUUACUUAUUUGGAGAACAUAUUUCGAACACCAGAGACAUAGAGACUUACUUUGUAUAAAUAUAUUAAAUUUGCAGCCAAACGUUCCAAGAACCCAACCAUCGGUGAGGUCCUCCACAGGCUUAAUCCACAUGGCAAGACUGGCCACCAACAAAUCAGCGAGGGCGAGGUUGAUGAUAUAAUAGUUAGCUGCAGUUCGGAGGAACUUAUGAAUGAAAAACAUACUGAUGAUAAUACCGUUCCCGCCUAUGGCAAAAAUGCCUAUAAUCGCGUAGAUGGUUACAACGACUACAGUCUGCCAUAUGGGAACUACUAAAACCUCUCCAGGGUAGUCUACAGAUGAGACGUCCAAAUCGUCCAAUUUUCUGCAAGUUUGUGUAGAAUUAGCAUCAGCAUGAAUGGAUUCAUCAUCUGAGAUAAAUUCGUUUUCGGAGUAGAUUUCCCUAUCACGUAAGGUGAUGUUGCCUACACUCAAAAUAUACACCAACAUCCUCACUAAUUGUCCAUUAAUUCUAAAUUGUCCAACGGAAUGAUCGUCUGAUAAACGAGGAAAUAGUUGUCUUGACAUUUCGUAUCGUUGGCAAUAUAUCUACUUCAGUCCUGUAAUCGCAGUUGCUAGCUUACCAAGAACAAUGGUUCUACUAAUCAAGAUUAUUAAUUAAUUCGAUAAAUUAUAAAACACUUAAAUUGAUUUAUGAUUUUUAGACAAAACAUCGGCGGUCUUGCUAACCUUUUGAUGUUUCUUAACACCUUCUAGCAUUUUUUCACCACACUGUGCCCUGGGUCAUUCACGUAAGAAGUACAAUAGAAUGGAGGUAAGACCUUUUGUAAUCUGACAUUUUGUUUUGAUUCUAGUAAGAGACCGUUUGAUGUCUCUUUGAGAGCAAAGAUUAACACAACAGUAUAAGAACAAUUCCAAUAAGAAAACUUGUAUGAAAUUGUUCUAUUAAAACUUCAUUACGUUUGAGUGAUAUACGUAAUUGGGCUUUUACGUUGGCCAGCAUGGUAUUUACAUAAUGAUAAGGACCCUUCGUUUUUGUUGAUUUACAUCUCAUAAUUGCUCGAAGAUGACGAACAUUCACUGACAAUUAUAAAAUACUUUUCAUCGAAAUUUUUUAUGUUUUGUAUUUUACAGAUGAUUUCAGACCAUAUAACACAUUCGGAGAAUACAGAUGACUAGUGAAAACAAAAUGGAAAGCUAUUGUAAAUUCGCUAAUUGAUAAACAUUAAUAAUUUGAGGACACAGCAUAAGGGGAAGCUAAAAGUGAAACUUAGUAUGGCAUCAUUGUUAUCGUCGACAUCACAGACUUUACUAAUAGCACUUUACGCUUUGUUCUUCACGCUUUCUAUCGUCGGUAACAUCACAGUUCUCGUCGUUUGCAUCAAGGCUCGUACUCUUCGGAAUAGUACAAUGAGUUGCUUCAUCGUAUCACUGGCAGUUGGUGACCUCCUAAUAACGUGCUUUUGUAUGCCUAUAAAUCUUGCGAGUGCCUUGACAACAUUUUGGACGUUCGGGGCGUUUGCCUGUAAGAUGGUUCCAUUCGUUCAGAAUGUCGGUGUUGCAUCCAGUUUGAUGACUAUGUCCGUGGUUGCAUUGGAUCGCUACCAUGCUGUCGUCCACCCCCUAAAGACUAAGUUCUACAAUACUAUGAAACGAGCAAUUAUUGUCCUGUCAGUAGUUUGGUUAUUUUCAAUCUGUGUCAGCCUACCUAACGCAAUUUGUUACUCUCAGAGGACAUUUUCAAUGAACGUGACGAACACUACUGAACGUAUAGAAGACGUCACUUAUGUAUCCCCUACGAAGAUACUUAUAAACGUGUGUCUUUGGGACGAAGAAAAGAUGCACUUGGAAGCGAUGUUCUGGAUCUAUUUGAUAGGAUUGUUCGCGCAGCCUUUGACUCUGAUGUCAGUUGCGUACAUUGGAAUAGCGCAUAGUUUGUGGAUUCGAUCCCCUGUUUUGGAUAUGGGCCCUAAUAUAAACCCCAUUGCGAGUGAACAUAGAUUGAGGCAGAAGAAACGUAUAGUUCUGAUGAUGAUACUCGUUGUUAUAUUUUUUGUUGUAUGCUGGCUGCCAAUAAUGCUCUUUAAUUUGAUAUCACUUAAAAUAGGACUUAAACUGAAUACAAAGUGGUUGACAGUAAGGCAUUUUCUACAGUGUCUUUCGAUGAUGAGCACAUGUGUGAACCCUAUUAUAUACACUUUCUUACAUGAUAGGUUCAGAAAAAGUUUUGUUGCCGUCGCAAAAUGCCGAUCGGAGCGAAUUGCGCCAUCUGUUACAAAGUCGAACGAUACAAGUAAUAGAAUCGAGAGGAGGGGUGUUGAAAGGAGGGCUACGAUACCCGGUGUUUCCGCGCUGCAGCCGCGCCCAAAUGACCAUGACAUUAUAGCUCUAACUAAAACACGUAGAAUAAACUCAAAUGAGUAAUUUGAACCAACUGAGUCUCCGAAUUGACAAUGAAAGUUUAAAGGAGAGGGGCAUGUUUAGUUGCCGAAAAUGUUUUUACUUCAUUUAGAGAAGUAAGUUAGUUGGGGGCCUAAAAAUUACACCACCCCUCUCCACGUAAACUUUGCAACAACGGAAGAAACAUAGAUAGAUGUAUCACCUUCUGAAAACAAGCCUAACAUUUUG